GACCACUUCCGGCCAGGCGAGGGAGGGGGGUAACAAGCUCAGACCUGAGCAGAGGCUUGGAGAGAGCAGACGUCCUCUGGACUCACGAGGGCGAGGCUCAGCUACUAGCCUCUCAGGAAGAUGGAUAGAAGAAAUGACUAUAGUUAUCGGAUGCCCACAUUCCAGGGCCCUCUGCCUCCCUCUGGGAGCCUAGGGCUUCCUUUCUCUCCAGAUGUACAGACUGAGACCACAGAGAAGGACAAUGUCCUGCUGAUGCAUACCCUGUUGUCGGCAUCCAAGGACCCCCCUGUUGCCAGCCGGCCUAAGAAAAACAAGACCAAGAAGACUUCUAUUAAAGCUAUUACUAAGACCACACCCACUCCCCCUCCAGUCCCAUCUGCCAAUGACAUUGCUAGCAACAAGCCUAAAGUAACUCUGCAGGCUUUAAACCUACCAAUGUUCACCCAGAUCAGCCAGGCUUCAGCUACUACUGAGGCAGCCAAUAUCCAGGCUUCAGUUACUGCUCAGACCAAGAAAGCCAAGACAAAGAGAGUUACACCUAAGGUCUCCCUAACUGGCACUGAGGAUGUCACUACACAGCUCAAGUCACCCUUACAUGCCCUAAACCUACCAGGUACCUCACCCACCAUCCAGUCACCAAUUGCCAAUGAGUCAGCUAAUUCCCUGGCCUUGAUAGCUGUCAGCAAACCCAAGAAAGCUUCUAAGGCAAAGAAGGCUGCCAAUAAGACUCUACCUAGUGCCACUGAGAUCUCACUGGCUUCGACUGCUACACACACAGCUACAAGCCAAGGCCAAACUGCCAAGGAGACAGCUAGUAUCCAGGCCACAGCAGCUACUAUCCGAACCAAGAAAACUUGCAAAGCUAAAAGAACAACUGCUAAGACCACAAAUACUGACACUGAAUAUGUAGAGUCCUCAAAUGCUGUUGAGGGAUCUGGCAGACAGAUUGAGGCCUCAACUGUAGUUCUAAGGCCCAAAAAGCCCAAGGGGAAGAAGGUUGCCAAUAAAGGCCCAAAUUCUGCUUCUGAGUUCUCUGAGGCUCCACCUGCCAUUCAAAUGGUCACAAACCAUGCCCUAUCAGUCACUGUACGGAUCAGGAGAGGGUCCAGGGCUCGAAAGGCUGCCACUAAGACUCGGGCAACUGAAAGCCAUGCUCAAAUCACUGAACAAGGAGCUCAUACCUCUCAGGCCAGCAUUAGUGCCCUUGAGACUCAGGUUGCUGCUGCUGUCCAGGCCUUGGCAGAUGACUAUCUGGCUCAGUUGAGUUUAGAGCCCACAACCAGAACCCGGGGCAAGAGGAACCGCAAGAAAUUUUGUCCAUUGAUAAAGUCUAAGCAUCUCAAUGGAGAAGAAAGAACUGGGAAUAAUUUCAGGCGAAUCCCAUGGGGCCGGAGGCCUCCACCACCUCGAGAUGUGGCCAUUUUGCAGGAAAGGGCAAAUAAGUUGGUGAAAUACCUGUUGGUUAAGGACCAGACAAAGAUCCCCAUCAAGCGCUCAGACAUGCUGAAGGAUGUCAUCCAAGAAUAUGAUGAGUAUUUCCCAGAGAUCAUUGAACGAGCAAGCUACGCUCUGGAGAAGAUGUUUCGAGUCAAUCUGAAGGAAAUUGAUAAGCAAAGUAGCUUGUAUAUUCUUAUCAGCACUCAGGAGUCCUCUGCAGGCAUACUGGGAACGACCAAGGACACACCUAAGCUCGGCCUCCUCAUGGUGAUUCUGAGUGUCAUUUUCAUGAAUGGCAACAAGGCCAGUGAGGCUGUCAUCUGGGAGGUGCUGCGCAAGUUGGGGCUGCGUCCUGGGGUAAGACAUUCACUUUUUGGAGAAGUGAGGAAACUCAUCACAGAUGAAUUCGUGAAGCAGAAGUAUCUGGAAUACAAGAGGGUCCCGAACAGCAGACCACCUGAAUAUGAAUUCUUCUGGGGCCUGCGGUCUUACCAUGAGACUAGCAAGAUGAAAGUCCUAAAAUUUGCAUGCAAGGUACAGAAGAAAGAUCCUAAAGACUGGGCUGCUCAGUACCGGGAGGCAGUAGAGAUGGACGUUCAGGCUGCAGCUGUGGCUGUGGCUGAGGCUGAGGCCAGGGCUGAGGCAAGAGCCCAAAUGGGGAUUGGAGAGGAAGCUGUGGCUGGGCCCUGGAAUUGGGAUGACAUGGAUAUUGACUGCUUAACAAGGGAAGAGUUGGGUGAUGAUGCUCAGGCUUGGAGCAGAUUUUCCUUUGAAAUUGACUCCAGAGCCCAAGAAAAUGCAGAUCCCACCAACAAUGUCAACUUCAGUCAAGGAGCUAGUACCAGAAAUAGCUUCAGUGAUGGUGCUAGUAUUAGCUUUGGUGGUAUAACCAACCCCAGUGGUGGCUUUGGUGGUAUACCUAACUCCAAUGGUGGCUUUGGUGGCAUGCCCAGCCCCAGUGGUGGCUUUGGUGGCAGAAAUGGCAUUACCUUUGGUAGUGUACCCAACCCCUCUGCCAACUUCAGCAGUGCAGCCAGCAUUAGCUUUGGUGACACAUCCAACACUAGCACUAGUUUCAGUGGUGGAGCCAGCAUUAGCUUCAGUGGUACACCCAGUACUAGUGCCACUUUUUGCAACACAGCCAGCAUUAGCUUCGGUGGUGCAUCCAGCACCAGCACCAGUUUCAGCAGUGGAGCCAGCAUCAGCUUUGGUGGCGCACCCAACACCAGCACCAGUUUCAGCAGCACAGCCAGCAUCAGCUUUGGUGGCGCACCCAGCAUUGGCAGUAGUUUCAGUGGUGGAUCCAGCAUUAGCUUUGGUGGUUCUCCUACCACCAGUACCAGUUUCAGUGGUGGAGCCAGUAUUAGUUUUGGUGGUGCACCUUGUACCAGUGCCAGUUUCAAUGGUGGAGCCAGCUGUGGCUUUGGAGGCACACUUAGCAGCACCACAGCUAGCUUUAGUGGUGCACUCAGCACCAGCACCAGCUUUGGCAGUGCACCUACCACAAGCACUGUCUUCAGUGGUGCAAUUAGCACCACCACUGGCUUUGGAGGCACACUUAGCACCAGUGUCUGCUUUGGUAGCUCUCCCUGCUCUGGUGCCGGCUUUGGAGGCACACUCAGUACCAGUAUCUGCUUUGGUGGUUCUCCUAGCACCAAUACUGGUUUUGGUGGUACACUCAGCACCAGUGUUUCCUUUGGUGCUUCUUCUAGCACCAGCUCUGACUUUGGUGGCACACUAAGCACUAGUGUCAGUUUUGGUGGCUCUUCUGGCACCACUGCUGGCUUUGGCGGUACACUCAACAGCAGUACCGGCUUUGGCGGUGCCAUCAGCACCAGUGCUGGCUUUGGCAAUGCACUCAAUAGCAGUGCCAGCUUUGGUGGUGCCAUAAAUACCGGCUUUGGCAAUGCACUCAACAGCAGUGCCAGCUUUGGCGGUGCCAUCAACACCAGCACCGGCUUCGGCAAUGCACUCAACAGCAGUGCCAGCUUUGGUGGUGCCAUUAGCACCAGUUCUGGCUUUGGCAGUGCACUCAGCACCAGUGCCAGCUUUGGUAGUGUACUCAAUGGCAGUGCUGGCUUCGGCAGUGCCAUCAGCACCAGUGCCACCUUUGGUGGUGCGCUCAGUAGCAGUGCUGACUUCGGCAGUGCCAUCAGCACCAGUGCCAGCUUUGGCGGUGCACUCAAUGGCAGUGCUGGCUUUGGCGGUGCCAUCAGCACCAGCGCCAGCUUUGGUGGUGCGCUCAGUAGCAGUGCUGGCUUCGGCGGUGCCAUCAGCACCAGUGCCAGCUUUGGUGGUGCACUCAAUGGCAGUGCUGGCUUUGGCAGUGCCAUCAGCACCAGUGCCAGCUUUGAUGGUGCGCUCAAUAACAGUGCUGGCUUUGGCGGUGCCAUCAGCACCAGUGCCAGCUUUGGCAGUGCCAUCAGCACCAACCCCGACUUUGGUGGUGCAUUCAGUACCAGCGUUGGCUUUGGUGGGGCACUUAGCACCACUGACUUCGGUAGUACGCAUAGCAGCAGUAUUAGCUUUGGCAGUGCUCCCACCACCAGCGGCAGCUUUGGUGGUUCUCACAGCACUAAUCUCUGUUUUGGUGGAGCACCCAGCACCAGUCUCUGUUUUGGCAGUGCAUCUAACACCAACCUAUGCUUUGGAGGCUCUUCCAGCACCAACUCCUGCUUUAGUGGUGCUACCAGUGCCAAUUACAGUGAGGGGCACAGCACCAGUGCCAUUUUCAGUUUUGGGAAUGGGCUAAGUACCAGUGCUGGCUUUGGAAAUGGAUUGGGCACCAGUGCUGGCUUUGGCAGCAGCCUAGGUACCAGCACCGGCUUUGGUGGAAGCUUAGGCCCCAGUGCUAGCUUCAAUGGUGGCCUGGGCACCAGCACUGGCUUUGGUGGUGGACUAGGCACCAGCACUGAUUUUGGUGGUGGACUAAGUCCUAAUGCUGACUUCAGUGGGGGACUGGGUACCAGUGCUGGCUUCGAUGGUGGACUAAACACUAGCACUGAUUUUGGUGGUGGACUGGGCACUAGUGCUGGCUUUGGUGAUGGACUUGGCAGCGGCACUGGCUUUGGUGGUGGCCUGGUCACUAAUGGCUUUGCUGGUGACCUGAGUACCAAUAAUGGUUUUGGCGGCACACUUGGCACUGGUGCAGGCUUUAGUGUAAGCCUCAGCACUGGCGAUGGCUUUGGCAGUGGGCCUAAUGCCAGCUUCGACAGAGGACUGAAUACCAUCAUUGGCUUUGGCAGUGAUUCCAACACCAGCAGUGGCUUUACUGGUGAGCCCAGCGCCGGCUCCAGCUUCAGUAAUGGACCCAGUUCUAUUGUUGGCUUUAGUGGUGGACCAGGCACUGGUGCUGGCUUCUGCAGUGGACCAAGCACUGGUGGCUUUGGUGGUGGACCAAGUACAGGAGCUGGCUUUGGCGGACCAAGCACUGCACCUGGCUUCGGAGGACCAAGCACUGCACCUAGCUUCGGUGGGGGACUGAGUACCAGUACUGGCUUCGGUGGUGGACUGAGCAGCAGUGCUGGCUUUGGUGGUGGACUGAACAGCAGUGCUGGAUUCGGCGGUGGACCAAGCACCGGUACUGGCUUCGGUGGUGGAGCCACUAACCUGGGUGCCUGUGGCUUCUCUUACGGCUAAUGAAGUUUCAGGUUUGUUACCCAUGUUUACAGAUAACACUAACACAGCAGUACUUCCCAUGGAGCCAAUGUGCAGCUUUGGAAUCUCUGUCCACACAGCAGCCUAAGCAGCUACUACCCAUUAGCUGAGUGAAACACUAUGAAAAAUCUGCUGUUCCUGCUUUGUGUUUGCUUCCUGUGUUGUUGUCAUAUUUUGGUAUCAGAGUUACAUUAAAUUUGCCAAAGGAA